AUGGCGACGAGGGCAUGGGUCGCCGCGGCCGCUGCCUUGAAGCCUCAACUCCUGGCUCCCCGCUCCUGCUCGCCCACGCAGUCGGUCUCCCCAGCGCAGCGCUCGGCGUCGAUGGGGCUCCGGCUGCGCAGCCGCCGGCCGUGCCCGGGGAAGUUCGUGUGCCGCCGCGCCAAGAACGCAGGGUACGAGGACUACAAAUUCCCGGACCCCAUCCCGGAGUUCGCCGAGCAGGAGACGAGCAAGUUCAGAGAGCACAUGGCGUGGCGGCUGGAGCAGAAGAAAGAGGACUACUUCGGGGACCAUGUCGAGGAGAUCGUUGACAUCUGCACCGAGGCAUGUAUCCAAUUCCUGAAUUCCAUGUGCAUAUAG